GUUGCGACCCUUGAUUUCGACACAGCUAGCAAAAAAGGCCGCAACCGAAGAGGCGAUCUUUCCAAAGACGCAGGCGGAGGCCGGGCCAGAGGUCGAAAAGACUGCAGGCGUCCUGGUAGAGACUGGGCCCGUCUCUUACAACCACGAGGAGGAAGUUGAAGAAGAGGAUGUUGAAGAAGAGGAGGACCAUUGUGUGAGCGCCCUUCAGUUAAUGGGAGGAAAUGAUUACGGCUGUGACGUGGAGGAAGAGGAUGGGUACUAACCCUUUCUGCCUCCUGAACGACGGACAGAUCGGUGGAAGGAGCCCCCUCCGGGAAUGCCAGCGAACCCUCCGGGCUUCUAAGCGGACGUUCUUUAACUAUGAGAUGGAUUCUGGAUCCAUCGCCUAGCCCUGGGAAUCCGGGUUUAGAAUACUUGAAAUACUUUGAGACCGUGCACCGAGGAUGGGAUGAGCCAGGGCAUCAGUCCCACAGGAGAAGAGCCGCACGGUCGGCACAGUGUGGCACGGGUGGGCAGCCCUGGCACACGGCGCUUUAAAAACACAGCUGAAGAAGAGGGGCAAAGUCUGCAGCUCUCUCUCCGGGCAGGAAAGUGCUUCCCAAGGAUAUUCCACCACAGCGGGCCUGACCCUGCCACCGUGUUCUGUGUUUCUCUCCUGUAAACUACUCUCAAAACAAAAUCAGGGAUGUUUCGUAGUAUGGCAAGGCAGUUCCCCUUAGAAAGGGGGGUUCCCAAACUGAGCGCGUUUUUUCCAUUCUUCCAGUUCCAUGUGAGGAUUAGAGCUCCGGCCUGGUAUAGGACAGCAGUGGAAUGUUGUAAUAGCAGGAUUGUUUCUUUUGUAAGAUCAGGUGCUCUAGGAGAGCAGACACACACACCCACACCCCGGGGAGGGGCACAGCAGCAUUGGCCGAGGGUGCAGGGAGUCCAUAAGACCAACUGCAAGAGAGCGAAGCGAGACCCUUUUCUUCACUCCCUUUUUGACAGAUAUCAGGUUAGGAGGGGUCAACGUGGCCUCCCUCUGCUGCCUACUGUAGAUCAUCUCAUAAAUUCCUGCGUCCCCCCAAAGGAGAUUGCUUGCUGGCGGUCGUACUUGACUUUCUUGGACUUCGGGAUCAUCUUCAGUAUUAUUAUUUUAUAGGACGUAAGGUGGAAUUUUAUUUUAUUU